CAAGGAUUUAAGGGUUUCCAGGUGGCCCCUGAACGCCACAACACGGUAAUCCCCUUCCAGUUUGGUGGUAAGGAGUACAUGUUGAGUCACGGCUCUGUGGUGAUUGCUGCAAUCACCAGCUGCACGAACACCAGCAACCCCUCCGUCAUGCUCGGUGCAGGACUUCUCGCUAAGAAAGCCAUUGAACGUGGUUUGAUUGUGAAGCCAUACAUAAAGACAAGCUUGUCUCCGGGCAGCGGAGUGGUGACCUAUUACCUGAAAGAGAGUGGAGUGAUGGACUACCUGUCUCAGCUGGGCUUUGAGGUGGUUGGCUAUGGCUGCAUGACGUGUAUAGGCAACAGUGGUCCGCUGCCGGAUCCAGUGGUGGAGGCCAUAACACAGGGGGACCUGGUUGCUGCUGGCGUCCUGUCAGGAAACAGAAACUUUGAGGGUCGAGUUCAUCCCAACACCAGAGCCAACUACCUGGCUUCUCCUCCCCUCGUCAUUGCUUAUGCCAUCGCCGGCACUGUGAGGAUAGACUUUGAAAAGGAACCCAUCGCCAUUAACUCAGAAGGCAAAGAAAUUUUCCUGAGGGAUAUCUGGCCCACCCGGGAGGAGAUCCAGGCUGUGGAGAGGAAGUUUGUCAUUCCAUCCAUGUUCAAGGAGGUCUAUGAGAAGAUCGAGAAAGUGAACGAGCGCUGGAACUCUCUUGUAGCUCCUUCUGACAAGCUCUACACCUGGGACCCCAAGUCCACUUACAUCAAGUCACCCCCGUUCUUUGAUGGUUUGACCAUGAAGCUGCAGCCUCCAGAGUCUAUAACAGAAGCCUACGUGCUCCUGAACUUCGGAGACUCCGUCACGACUGACCACAUCUCUCCUGCAGGGAACAUCGCCAGGAACAGCCCCGCAGCACGCUACCUCACUGACAGAGGUUUGACCCCUCGAGAGUUCAACUCGUAUGGCUCCCGUCGAGGCAACGACGCCGUGAUGGCCAGAGGGACGUUCGCCAACAUCCGCCUCUUCAACAAGUUCCUCAACAAGCAGGCGCCGCAAACCGUUCACCUGCCGACAGGAGAGACGCUGGACGUGUUUGACACUGCAGAGCGGUACCGGCAGUCCGGUGUCCCGCUGCUGGUUCUGGCAGGGAAGGAGUACGGUUCAGGGAGCUCCAGAGACUGGGCGGCUAAGGGCCCCUUUCUGCUGGGGAUAAAGGCCGUUUUAGCUGAGAGUUAUGAGAGAAUCCACCGCAGUAACCUGGUGGGGAUGGGGGUGAUCCCCCUGGAGUAUCUGCCAGGAGACACCGCUGACAGCCUGGGCCUGACAGGCCGCGAGCGCUACACCAUCAUCAUGCCUGAGCAGCUCACACCCCGCAUGACCGUACACGUCAAGCUGGACACGGGGAAAACAUUCAAAGUGUGCAUGAGGUUUGACACGGACGUGGAGCUGACCUACUUCCACCACGGAGGAAUCCUCAACUACAUGAUCCGCAAGAUGUCCCAGAACUGAGGUUCUGGUCAUCCACUGCAGCCCAACGUCGUCCAGGAAUCCACAGAUCCCAGAACCUUCCACAGCACUUACCCCAGGAUUGUCCUUUACCUGUCGCCUUGUCCCUGGGACCAGUGGACCGGAGUGGACUGGUUUAUGACUGCCUGGGUCUGCUGUUGGUGCGCAUGCUUCCUGUGACCUGCAGGGGGCAGUAACGCACCAACAAACUCAUUUUACUGCUCUGGACGUCCAGAGGGUUUUAUCAGACCUCCAGGAUCCAUGCUGGGGUUAUUUUAACUAUCACCAAAAGUGGUCUGUUAGCAAAAUAUCUCAUGAACAUCUGGACAGAUUUUAUUGUAACUCACAGAAAGUAAUUAUUGGAUCUGCCUCUGCUGAAUUUAACUUUUGGAUUCCACAUGAUUUGAGAAGGCCACCAGCAGCAUAGCUGUAGUUCUGUCACUUCAACAGUUAAUGAGCUAAAACUAGGUGUGGUAGUAGCUGAGAGUCAUCCUCCAGCUCUCAGAUCACAGGAGCUUCUGCAAUACUGCACAAGAUCCAACAGGAUCAUUUCUGACGUUUGAUGAAGGAGGUUUUAACUGUCCUCUUUCAUCAAACAUGGUUUAACACUGUUAAAGCGAGCGGCGUGCGUUCCUUCAAGGACUGCUGGCCUUUUAAAUGUUUUAAUCUUUUCUCCAUAAUUAGGAAUCCAUGACGUGGUGAGUAAAAGCUCCAAACAGGAAUCAUAUUCCCAUAAAUCUGACCCAGGCUGUGAUAAACCAGUAAAUGUUGGACAUCAAGAGGACGUUUU